AUGGACAAAAAGAUGUUUAAAGUUGCAUUUUUAGGUGAUGCUGCGUCUGGUAAAACGCAGAUAUUUAAUCAGUUGUGUAAUAAACCUUUUAGUGAAGACUAUGACCCGACAAUAGAAGAUUCAUACAAAUUCGUCUUGAACGACAAAUUUAAAACAGAAGUGACAAUAUAUGACACUGCUGGUCAGCCUAAUUACGAUGCGCUGCUUGACGUUUAUAUCCAAAUGGCCGAAUGCGUAUUCAUUUGUUUUGCAUUGAACUACGAAGAACAACAAAAGAUUGCACAAGAGAAGUUUAAAAAUAUUCCAAUUGUUGUUGUGGGAACCAAAUCUGAUAUGAGAGAAGACAAAGACGAAAUAAUUCGACUAAAACUAAUGGGAAGAAAAAUGAUUGAAACAGAAGACGGAAUUAAAUUUGCACAAAGUAUUGGAGCAGUGGGAUACUUUGAGUGCUCUGCAAAAACCAAAUUUAAUAUUCAUUUGGUCUUGCAAACUAUUAGUAAAAUUAUUAAGUUGGAGAAAGGAUAUUAA